CAAUUUGUUGUAGCCAAUACAAAAAUUUCUUUUCUAGAUAUAAAAAUAUCGUUACUUAAAGUUUCUAAAAAAGACAUAUUUUAAUUGGAUUGUAUGUUCCAAUCAAACGCAAUGUGUAAUUUUUUUGUCCACCAUCAGAGGUCGGAUAAAGGACAUAGAGUUAAUCUUCUAUUUGUUUACAUUUCUAUGCCAAUAAAUAUGGCGACGACGUGUUGUCCAAGAAAAUGUCGAAAAAAUUAUUGAGGUUAUAGUAAACAAAUUAGUAUAAAAAACAUGUCACUGAAGCAGCAUAAAAACGAGUACCGCAGGUCCAUUGACGACUACCAGUCUGAGGCACCUGUGAGACGUAAGAUUGGUCUUUAUUGGAUUCUGGUUGCAUUUAGGAUAGCCCUUACUUUUGCACCACAGACAGGCUACAUCCAUCCAGAUGAAUUUUUUCAGUCCAUUGAAGUCAUCUCUGGUGAUCACUUUGACAUUGAUGUGUACAAACCAUGGGAAUUCAACGCCACCUUUCCCAUACGUACCGCAUUAAUUCCUCAGCUCGUGGUCGGCUUGCCUUAUGCGAUUCUCAAGAGACUGUCUCCAUAUACAUUCCACUUCUUCGGAUUCUCCCUGAAGAGGCCGUACUUUUUUGUGCUUUUUCCACGACUCUUUAUGUGUGCACUUUCCUUCUUCUCGGAUUAUUUUUUGUACAAAAUCUGUUGUAUGUAUGGGCAGAAUUACAGAGUCAGGCUUGUCACAUAUGCAAGCUCCUACAUCAUGCUCACUUAUGCCACUCGCACAUUAUCCAACUCUAUUGAACUGGUACUGACUGCAGCGCUCUUAUACUUAGUUGCUCAAUGUAUGGCGUAUUCGGAGAAGGUGGUGCUCCAGAGCGAUUAUCUCUCGAAGAAGUACAGCGAAGCGACGACCGGAGUGGAACGAGUCAAGUACUAUAAGCUUAAGGCUUUGCUGCCGUCGCACUCGCUGAACCACUGCUUCGUGCUGGCCACAAUAACGGUGAUAGGAAUAUUUAACAGGCCGACUUUCGUCGCAUUCGCCCUCGCUCCAAUCUUCUUCUGGCUGCAACGGGGCUUGGGCUCAAGGAGCGUCGGCUUCAAAGACUUCCAUGUCAGGAUGUUCGUUUUCGUUCUUUGCGGACUACCAACCGCGCUGUUCUUUAUUCUAGUCGAUAGCUUUUACUUCGGAUACUUGACGACGGGCGAGAUAGGCCAAUUGCAGGUCGGAAUAAACAAUUUUGUGGUGACGCCGCUUAAUUUCUUCAAGUACAAUGCAGAGGCAAAGAAUUUGGAGACGCACGGGUUGCAUCCUCGUCUCCUGCAUUUCUUGGUGAACGUUCCACUACUCUUCAGCGUCCUGGGAAUUGUUGGACUGCUGACGUUCGUGAAAAUGGUGUACAGUGUAUUGAAGGCGCAAUGGUUGCAUCUGCCGCGCCUACAAAGCAUCGUCGGUUUGAUGACGUGCACAUUCAUCGUUCCGAUCACCCUGCUGUCUCUCUUUCCUCAUCAGGAACCUCGUUUUAUAAUCCCUGUGCUCCUACCACUGGUGUUCCUUUAUGCGCCCGAGCUAAGUCAAGUUCCCAGCCUGGAUAUCGUUCGAAGAUUCGACGGUAACAGCGAAUCGUACGAUUCGCCUGAACCGAAGAGUCGAAAAUCUAGGAAGCUGGUGCUCUGGUACGUCAGCAACCUGCUGCUGGCCUUCUUCUACGCUCUGGCGCACCAGGGCGGGGUUUUCCCGCUAACGUCGCACAUCGCGACGGAGCUGCAGGCCAAGCCGCAUCUCACGCAUGUACACCUGUACACUUCGUACAGUUACUCGCUGCCCACGGCGCUGCUUCAGUUGCGCAACACACGCAGGGUCUACCGUAGCAGCAGCAAUCACAAGUACAAGCUGACGCAGGACUUUCACUUGUACGAGCAGGGCUCCAAGCCGCUGCAGCAGGUGUUCGACAGUAUCGCUCGGAGAAUCAAGGACUGCGAAGAAAAGUUCAUCGUCAAGAGGAUACCCUACAGACUGUAUUACGCGUUGCCAGCCUCCGCGAUAACCGAGUUCGCGGAAUUAUUGCAGAACAAUCGGUCGCAUCUGUUCAGAUUCCACGUAGUCAAGACUUUUUAUCCUCACAUUUCUGUGGAGAGAUUACCAUCGUUGCUCGAUGGGCUGAUGUAUUUUUUAAUAUAUCAGCCGCGCGAUGGCAUUUUUAGCAAUUUUAUCGAAGCUGUGAGGUAUAUAGGCGAAUAUGUCGAACAAUUUGGGUUGUUGUUGCUGAAAAUCGAAUAUUUUGUGCCUGAGUCGAAGCAAAGUAAGCACAGUGGAUGAACAAAUGAAUGGAAUAGCUAACAAUAAAAUUGAAUAAUUUUAAAAAAUUAUAUAAUUAUAUAUUUCCAUACUUUACUUCUAAGGUAAUAUAAUACCACUAAUGAUAAUAGUAGAAUAAGUGAUAAAAACACUAGUCACUGUGAAAAAGAGACGAGAUUUAAAAUAAUCGAUUGGCUUGUUAAGAGGCUUAUAGGGAACGUUGCAACAUUUAGCAUGAGUAAUGCGAUGAAGAAAUAUAUUUUUCAGUUCAAAAGCCACUACUUAUUACAGUUUCCAUAAUUAUUAUUCGAAGUAGAUUACAUCUUUUUCGGAAUCAUUCAACUUUUGUUGAAAAUAUUUUUCGAUAUCACUAAGUUACAAAAAUAUUCAAAAUAAUAAUAGUUAUUACCUCAAAUUGUCU